AACGUAUUAAAUUAACAUGUUGACAUUGAACGCGCCAGCACAGUUUGCUUAGAUGCUUUCGCUGUUUAUUUUUGACUCCACACAAACAUACGCACACACACACAUCAUGGGCGAACAAUUUUCGGCGUAGAUCAAAUGUGUGAAAAAAGAGAAACAUUGCGGUGUUCGGUUUCUGUUUUCUAGGGCAAAAAGGGAGCAUAUUUUCGGUAGGGUUAAAAUUUCGGUUUCGGUUCCGAGUGUUGUGUGUAUGCUGUGUAGUGUCCUCCCCGAGCAGACAACGCGAGAUCAUUCAAAAUUAACCGUCGUUCAAAUCGGAUUUGUGUGUUACUACCAAAUUGUUUCCCAGUCGGAAAAUUCAUCCCACACCUCCACCACCGCUAGGAGGUGACGAAAUUCCACGUUAGAAAGAAGCAAAAUUCAAUAAGCAAUAAGUGCGGUAGAAAACCUGUUUUGCACAGUGAGUGAGAAAUAGCUGGAACAAAUACCCGAGAUCAAUAGUGUUGAAGUACGUGAUUAAGUUGUGGAAGUGACUUUCCUGCGGAAGAUAUUCACUAAAGAACGUGUAACGAAACUACUUCCUGCCUAAAAUGCCUACACUGCUGGAAGCGCUGGAAGAGAAGUACGGCAUGGAGCCGGACGAGAAGGAAGAACACGUGGAGGAGGAAGUUCUCGUGUCUAUCUUUGUUCCGAAGCUGCCCCCGAGACAAAGUACUCCACAAUUACUUAUACUGAACGAUUGCAAUAUCGAUCGAGCCGGGGAACCAGAAGAUUUGAAGAAAAAAUGUCGCAUCGUGAAGGAACUCGAUUUGGCACAGAACAAGCUAAACAACUGGAACGAGGUAUUUGUCAUCCUGUCACACAUGCCACGUGUGGAGUUUGUGAACCUCAGUCUGAACCAUCUGACCGGUCCGAUCCAGAAGCCACCGGUCACAAAGAUGGACCACCUAAGAAAUCUUGUGCUAAACAACACCAAGCUGGAAUGGUGCAGUGUGGAGAAGCUGCUCCGUUUAUUGCCCGCACUUGAGGAGCUACAUCUUAGCCUAAACGAGUAUACGCAUGUGCUGAUCGACACAAUCAAUCCGCCAGCGGAACAAACGGGCAACGCUGGUGGAGAAGGCAACGCUACAGAUGCUAGCGGUAAUAACAAUACCAAGGGCGAAACUGCCACUAGUCAAACAGAGGAGGACACAAUGUCCGGCUGCUCCUGUUCUUCGUCCACGCCCCAGCCAACCGAGCAGAACAAAUCGGACCCGGGCACUGUGGAACCACCGCCAUUACAAACCGAUCCACACGGUGGCGUACGGAAGUUACAUCUGACCGGGAACUACAUUUCCGAAUGGGGUGAAAUAUGUCGCAUUGGGCGAGUAUUUCCACAGCUGGAAGCGUUGGUGCUAGCCGAUUGCCCAUUGAGAUCACUUAAACCUACCGAUCCGCAAGGCAACGAAAAUGAGGAUGAAAGUCAUAAAUAUUUUCAACAGCUGAAACUGCUAAACCUGAGCAAUGCUAAAAUUGAUUCAUGGGAAGAUAUUGACCGGUUGGCAGAAUUUCCCUCGCUGUGCAAUGUCCGGCUACAGUACUGGCCACUGUGGGCACGAACGGACUCGACGACGGAACACGAACGUCGGCAGCUAUUGAUAGCGCGGCUUCCAAACAUCAGUAUUCUGAACGGUGGUGACACGAUCGGUGCCGUUGAACGGGAGGACGCCGAGCGUUCCUUCAUUCGCCACUAUCUCGACAAGCCGGAUGCAGAACGACCACGCCGGUACUACGAGCUGAUUGGAGUGCAUGGUCAGCUGGAUCCGCUUGUGAAUAUCGAUUUACGGCCCGAAAGAAAAGUUAAAGUGCGCUUCACCUUUGAGGAUCAAGCGAUCGAGCGAACGGUGGAUGUGAAUAGAACGGUAAGUGAUUUGAAAUCACGCUUGGAAAGGCUAUUCGAAGUACCAGCCGCCCGGAUGCGACUGUACUACGUCGAUCAAGAUUUCCGCGAUCUGCAAGGACUGGAGGAGAUGAAGUACCCGCACAAGGUACUGUACAGCUACAACAUACGCUCCGGCGAUGAGAUCAUCAUUGAACGGAAGGUGAAAAGUUGAUAGGCACAGCAUUAGCGUCGUGCCCGUUCGUCACACUGUUAGGCGUGCCUGCUGGCAUUUGAGUUUUCCAUCCCCGGAACCCGGCUCCAUCUCUUCCAGCCCUUCCCAGUAGCCCUGCAUAUCCUUCUUGGAGUGUUUAGACGUAUAACGUAUGUGAUAUAAAGCGUCGCCAUCGCGUCACAGUGUCUCUCGCCUACGUAUCUUGCUGUUUUGUUAGUUGUGUUUAGUUUCUUCUGUAUUAUAAUUGCUCUUUGGUUUAGUGACGAUCAUCAACGGUGGCACACUGUGCGUUCCUUUUUCUUUCUAGAACCUACGGUUCCAUCAUCUAUAUUUUGUUUUGUUUUUAUUUCGUGCUACAAAGAAAAUAAAACCCGAGUAAAGCGCAGCUAACUAUACUAAUAAUAAAGGCAGCAGCAUUUUUGCAGUUAACUUAAAACAAAA